AUGGAGGGAGGGAACGAGGAUAAGGUGUUCCACCCGCUCGCCGAACGGGGAGGAAAACUGUACACGUUCUCAGUCGGUCACUCCCACUAUGUCCUGAAGCGCUACCACAAGCAUGCUGCAGGAAAGGCUCUGAAAGAACUUGCCGUCCUUCUUCACCUCUCUGCCUCCAUCCGCGCGUGCCCAUCCUCAGCCCCUUCAGUCCACCCUCCCUUCCUCGCCUCUUUGUGCGGAGUGGUCUGGAACCACAACAACACGGAAGCGGGAGGGGAAGGGGAAAGCGGGUCGAAGGAGGAAAAAGCGUCGCGACCCUCGGCGCUCGUCUUGGAGAGGGGACAGAAAACUGAAAAUCGAGUGGACCUUCGCGCCUUCCUUGUCCACCCCUACGUGCUGACGGAGGCGGCUCAUGAUGGGGUUGACCGGACUGGCGGCUUCGGAGACACAGAGGGCGCUUCAGAGAGACUAAAGCAGUGGGAAGAUUUCGAUCCCUCUGAAAGGAAAAAACAGUGGCCGCUGCCUGCGCGCUUGACCGCCAAAGCAAGUCUCUUUCUUCUCUAUGCAUGA